AUGCAUGAUCUAAACGAAGCUCUUGACGACCUUCCUGAGCAAAAUAGCUACGCUGCUUUUAGCGAAGAAUCACAUCAUCAUGCAGGUAAUAUUAAUUUUAAAGCCAAAGCUUAG